AUGAGCAAAGCCUUACUCCUACUAUGGAAGAAAAUCAGAACAUGGGUCGAAUGCUUGUAUACGAAUAUCGAUGGAAAAUUUCAAGAACAAUUCGGUUUUCAUAUGACACAACUUACUUUAGCCAAGCUUAUCAACUAUUUAUACAGACCCAAGGAUUCCUCCAGUUUGGCGAUCACAAGGAUUUUAUUCGGACUGGCUAUGUUGUUCGAUAUACCAGAUGAGCGCGGAGGUUCUAUUAUGGACAAACGAUGGGGUGACCCUAUGGUCUGUCACUUUCCACUUAUAAAAUUCAUUAUCGCUAUCCCUAUGCCCUAUAUGGCUUUAGUGUAUGCGGCACUGUGGCUCGGAGCUUUAGGCAUGACGCUGGGCUACAAGUAUCGCUUGAGUGCGUCAGUAUUCACGUUAAGUUACUGGUAUCUAUUCCUGAUUGAAAAGAGCUACUGGAACAAUCACAGCUACUUAUUCGGCGUGGUCGCCUUACUACUUACUACGACCGAGGCCAACUGCUACUGGUCAUUAGAUUCCUAUCUGGAUCCCUCUUUGUCGAAGAAAACGGUACCAUAUUGGAAUUAUUUUAUUCUGAAGUAUCAAUUUUUCAUUCUAUACUUCAUGGCGGGUAUGAAAAAGGGAACAGCUGAAUGGUUGACAGGAUACUCCGUGCAGAAUCUCAGCGAGCACUGGGUAUUUAGCCCUUUCAAAUUAUUCUUAACGGUUCCACAAAUAGAUUAUAUCAUAGUUCACUGGUUCGUGUUCACAUUCGACCUCACCGUGGCAAUAUGGAUGAUGUGGUCUCGGACUCGGCACGUCGCUAUGAUCCUCUGCGCUCUCUUUCAUCUUAUGAACAGCAGGCUUUUUAGAAUCGGAAUGUUUCCAUGGGUCUGCUUAGCAACAAUGCCCCUGUUUUAUCCUUUUGACUGGCCAAAAAGAACAAAAAUUUUUGCAGAAAAAGUUAUGUCGAAAGUAAAAGGAGAAUUUUUCAAAUAUACGAAAAAGUUUAAUAUUAAUACAACUCAUCAUAAAAAUCAUGCUGUUGAAGAGAUAGAAAAACAUGUAGACAGUGUACAUAAUGAAGAUAAAUCAAAAAGUUCGUCGGAUGUUGAUAGAAUUAAGGAACAAAAUACUAACGUAAAUUAUCCCAUUGAAACAAAAAUUGACGGCGAAAAAAUAGGGAAAAAAAAAGAAAAGUCGUUUGAUACAAAAAAUAAAGAAUUGGAUACGAAAACUAAUGUUGCUGCAACAACAGGAGAAGAUACCCAACGUCGGAAGCUAAUCACUUUCAUGUUUAUCGUCCUACAUGUGCUAUCUCAAGCUUUCUUGCCUUAUUCACACUUUAUAACAAAGGGGUAUAAUAAUUGGACAAAUGGCCUAUAUGGUUAUUCUUGGGACAUGAUGGUCCAUACUUGGGAAAUCGAGUCAGUCAUUGUCAAAGUUGUUGACAAUGAAAGCAAAAAAGAAUUUUACGUUGAUCCGUAUAUUUAUUCACCAAACGAUAGGUGGACAAGACAUGGUGAUAUGGUCUACCAGUAUGCAGGAUGUUUAAAAGACAAUAUAAUAAAGAAAAUCAAAGAGAAAGAUUCGAACCGUGGAAACGAUAUUUCUGAAGAUAUUUCAAUUUACAUCGACGUUUGGUGUUCGAUGAACGGAAGAUUUACACAACGUAUGUUUGACCCUAAGACUGACUUAUUGAAUACGUCUUGGUCUCCCUUUGAACCUAUACCAUAUCUGAUGCCUUUGCUCGAUGAAGCAUUGGAUUGGAGAAAUAUUUUACAGGAUAUUAAGGACGACGUACAUACUUGGAGUGAUUAUAGUGACGUUACUUUCAUUGCCGAUUUUCCAGGAUAUUAUUUAGAGAAAUUUAUUCCAAUUGAAAUAUCAAAUGUUACGAUGACUGUGUUAGAUGGGUUGGUUGCCUACGAACCCGAUGAGACAAAGUUUAUGCAAGGACAGUCUUUUAAACUGAGUAAAGGAAACCAAGUUAUAAUGAAUUCGGGAACUUUCCAUAGAAUUAUCAAUAUUGGAACUAAACCAGCAUUUUAUGCUUAUACGUUUAUUAAUAGUUCAGAAGCAGGAAACACUGAAUCACUUGCUGCACAUCCGAAAUUACCAUUGGGUCAAGAAUUAUUUAAACGUUUUCAAAAUAUGUUUAAAUUUUUUAAAAAUAUAAUUUCAAAUGUUUUUAAAGUGCUACUAGAUGUAACAUCUCAAUGUUUGUUAUACGUGAUAGAAUGUGAGAAUGUGGAAAACGAUAGCGACAUUAUAAUACAAUUUUGUUCUAGUGAAAUCUUUAAUACUUAAUAAGAUUUUCUUGAAAUUGCUAAAAAUGUAUGUCGUAAAUUUUUGGAGACUUCAAAAUUCUUUAUUAUCAAUUAACUUCCAACAAACACAAUUCUAACACGUAGGUAAUAAUAUAUUAUAGUCUGUAUUUUGUAGCUAUAUAUGUUUCAUAGCCGAUAGUAAUGCGACGUUGCAUUGUUAAAAUAAGUAUAAAAUCACAAAAAUUAAAGUUUCAAAUUAAUCUUCGUUUAUUUUAUAAUGUAUAUAAAAUUUUCUUUAAAUUCAUUUUACAAAUACUUGGAUUAACCAAGUAAUUUGAUCACACUUAAUCAGUAUGGUCACAUAAAACUUGCCGAAGACGUACCCGACUGACACCGAUUGUUUAGUAGUGGAGCCAUACAAGAAGAUGAAUGUAUCAAUUGGUCAUCAAUUUAAAGUCACAAACCGUGAAUUAUUUAGCGCCGAUUCGUAAUACAGUGCCGAUCAUAGUUCGUUUUUGAGCUAGUGUUAUUAAUAAAAUUGCUAGUAGUAUUAUUAAUUGCGCAUACGAAAAAAAAAUCAAUUAGGACGGCUGGGUCUCAGUACCCGGCCACCCGGGUGACGCUGUAAAGGCCGAUAGGACCAACAGCAAUACACAACCGAAAAAAAUAAAUAAAUCAAUUAGGUACAUCGACAAGUUAUGCAACAUAGGUAGACAAAAAAAUUUGUCAAGUAAAUACGCAUUAUUAAAGAUCACUGAAAAACUACUUCUCAGAUUUUGAUUAAAUUUAAUGGCACCGCAUGACUGGCACCGCCUAUCGAUUGACAAAAGAAUCAUCGAAAUUCGUCUUUCCAGUAAAAAGUUCGGAGGUAACACUUUGUCCCUUUUUUGAUUGGUUAAAAAUGGUUUAACAAUGAAGUCAAAGUUUUACUACUCAAGUUUUAAACUCAGAUUUUUAACCAUUUCAUGGUGAAAUUCGCUUAGGUACAAAAUUUUAAUGACAAAGCCAAGUAAUAAGAACUGAGCGAAAAAUAUAAAA